AUCGUCGAUGCCAGAAACCCACUCCUGUUUUGGAGCAAAGAUCUUGACGCCUAUGUGAAGGAAGUUGACCCUGCGAAAAAAGUGUUACUCUUACUCAACAAGUCAGAUCUUUUGGAGGAAGAUCAAAUGGCUGGAUGGACAGCGGUAGAAGAACCAGAGGAGUCCGAGGAGGAAUGUUGCUCUGCGCCAUCCACGGCUUCAUCCUCCAUGGACGGAGUUCUGUUCUUGCGCAGUCGUGAUCAGCUCACACAACAUUUGAAAGACUUGGGCCAUGUCAUCGACGCUCCAGGUUGUAAACCUGUUGUUGUCGGAAAGGUUGGCUAUCCGAAUGUCGGCAAGAGCUCAACAAUAAACAGAAUUGCUGGUGACAAGAAGGUUUCUGUAUCGGCUACCCCUGGAAAGACACGUCAUUUCCAGACAGGUCACACGACAGUC